UUUGAGAACGAGAUCAUCACCAAGCUGGAUCACGAGGUGGAGGGGGGCCGCGGAGACGAGCAGUACAAAGUUCUCUUUCAGAAAAUUUUACUGGAGCACUGCAGGAAGCACAAGUACUUGGCCAAGACGGGCGAAAACUUCGUCACUCUGGUGGUGCGUCUGCUGGAGAGGCUGCUGGACUACAGGACCAUCAUGCACGACGAGAACAAAGAGAACCGCAUGAGCUGCACUGUCAAUGUGCUCAACUUUUACAAGGAGAUAGACAGGGAGGAGAUGUACAUCAG